AUGCUUGCACUCACUCACAAAGGAACGAACCCACCCUGUUUCCCCUCACGCGCUCUCCACCCCCACACCCUUGUGUUGUUGGCCACUCAUUGGAGAGUGUCGCGCACGCGGAUGCUUCUGUUCUCUCGCUUUGAUUCUCUCACAUACGACAGGGUGAAUAAUACAACGUUUAUUGCUGUCUACGGUGCAGUGCAGUGUGCAAUGGAAUCAUCAGAAAUCAAGCGUCUCGCAAUAAUGCAGUUUGAAGAUGAAGAGUAA